ACUUCGUGUAGGUAAAUGAAGUGGUUAAUGAGGUAACACGAUGGAACUACAUGUAGAUGAACAGUUUUCUGAAAUUGAAAAACUCCGUGCAGAACUGUUGGCCAACGUGGAUGUCAUGGCAGACUGGCAGCGUGCUGAAGAGGAAAUCAGUCACCAGGAAAUUUUAAACCGAAUUGAAGGCAUAAUCCUAGGAGUAGUGACCAGUCUGUCCAAAGAUGAAGCUCCUGUCCUGGCACUGCCCAACAGAUCCAGCUGGGCCAACGUCAGCUUUGACAGUACCAUCGGGCUUCAGAUGAGUUCAAGACAGUCUGUCGUCACCAUUAGGAGUGACUGUCCUUCAUCUGCCGCUAAAUUUGCCCAGAUUCUCAAGAUUCUCUCAGUCAUCUACAGGCUUGUCCAGAGCAACUCAUAUGCUACAAAAAGAGACAUCUAUUACAACAACACACAGCUCUUUGGUUCACAGAAAGCUGUUGAUAGUAUAGUAGAUGACAUCUCCUGCAUGCUAAAGGUUCCUCGCAGAUCACUACAUGUGUUGGCCACAUCCAAAGGAUUGAUUUCAGGUGAUCUGUGUUACAUGGAGGAGGACGGCACCAGGAUUGACUGCCACUCCAGCUCAGCUGCUGUUUCAGUUUCUUCAAACAUCAGUGGGAUUAAAAAUAUUAUAUCAGCUGCAAAAUUUGUCUUGAUUAUUGAGAAGGACGCAACAUUUCAGAGACUGCUGGACGAUGACUUCUGCACAAAGCUCUCCCCUUGCAUCAUUAUCACAGGUAAAGGUGUGCCAGAUGUGAACAGCAGGCUGAUGGUGAAAAAGCUUUGGGAUGAGCUACACAUCCCCAUCUUUGCCCUAGUGGACGCUGAUCCGCAUGGCAUUGAGAUCAUGUGUAUCUACAAGUAUGGAUCAGUGGCGAUGUCUUUUGAGGCCCACAGUCUGACCGUCCCCAGCGUUAUGUGGCUAGGCCUCCUCCCCUCUGACCUACAGAGGUUAAGGGUUCCCGAGGACGCUCUGAUCCCACUCACCAAGAGAGACGAAAGCAAACUCAGCAGCCUCCUUGAAAGGCCGUACUUAACCAGCCAGCCGGACUGGCAGAAAGAGAUGAAACUGAUGCAGCAGUCUAAGGUCAAAGCUGAAAUACAGUCUCUGACAGCCAUAGCUCCCGACUUCCUCACAAACAUCUACCUGCCCAAUAAGCUCCGCUAUGGAGGCUGGGUGUGAGCUCGAUGCUGCCACUUAGUGGAAGAACAAGUGAACUGCUCAAGUUGCUUUGAUAGUUGAAGCGAGGUCUUCAGUGAAAAUUAUACCUGACUUUAUUAUUUGGAUGUUAUUAGACAAAUGAAAGUAUUAAUUUAAGUUUGUUAGUUUGUGAUGUGUGCAUAUUUAUUCACCUUUAUGUAUACUGAAAACGGUUGUUUCAGAAGUGCCAUUAAAACCCCCAUGAUCCCACUGAUGAGUGCACUUUCUGUCCUCAUUGGCAUUGCCGAUAUUCCCAAGAUGUUUGUCUGUAGUUACAAAGUGAAACCACACUGUUCUACAAAAGAUUUCUUUUUUUGUUUUCAGCAGGGUUUUGCAGGCUUCACAGCCACUGACGUCUUUGCGUUCUGAUGCACAAACCACAAGUGUGUUCAAAACAAUUUGGUGGUUUGUAAUUGUAGUACAAU